CCGGAGAGCUGCUGCGGAGGGCGGGGUGGCUUCUAUCCGCUGUCUCCGCUGAGGCGCUCUCUUGUGGGCUCUCAGGCGGCCCGCAGUGCCGCGCCGAGCAUGAAGGGCGGCCUGGGCGGCGCCACCAUGCAGGAGACCUUCGGCUGCGUUGUGGCCAACCGCUUUCACCAGCUGCUGGACGAUGAAUCGGACCCGUUCGAUGUCCUACGCGAGGCCGAGAUUCGGCGCCAGCUGCAGCUGCCGCGCAGGAGGCGCGACGAGGCGGGAGCGACGCUCGGGGACGGGGUACACACGGGGGUUCCCCAGGCCCUUCCGGGGUGUGGACCCCCAGAGUUGGUCAGAGUGGAGGGAGGUCUUUGGUGCGAAGACCAGGGUCGUGCUGACCCAGCAGGAGCCUCCCCGCCCCACCCCCGGCCUCCGUGGGAUGCUGGUCGGGAGGCGAUUGCGGACCCAGUGGAGGACGGAGAGGGGGCGGCCUGUGACAUGAGGCCCCCUGCAGCCCUCCCACCCAGACCCACACUUCAACUCGCAGGCCAGGGGCGUCCUCCUAGAAGAGGGGAGGUACAAGGAUGGAAUGACAGCCAAGGGACAGAAGUGACACAGGACAGAACAGAACGUCGAUCCUACAGGGAAUAUCGACCCUGUGAGACCGAGCAACAGGCGGACUUCACAGCUGAGAAGUGCACAGAUGAAAAACUAAUUGACAAGUUUGAUCGAAUCCGAACACCCAGAGGCCGUGGAGGCCCAAGAAGGGGCCUGCGAGGCCGAGGCCGAGGCCGAGGCCGAGGCGGAGGUGGGCCCUGGAACAGAGCUUUCGACACUUUUGACCCAAGAGGGAAGCGAGAUUUUGAAAGAUAUAGUGGGAAUGAUAAAAUAGCAUUCAGACCUGAGGACAAUAUAGGUGGGUGUGGAGUUCGCACCUGGGGGUCAGGAAAAGACAUCAGCGACUUGGAGAUGAUUGCCCUAAUGGAAGAGACCCCGGCGAUGGAGGAGGCCCAGGGUGCCCUAGAGGAGGACUCUCCAGCCAAAGUUCCUGAGUUGGAAGUAGAAGAGGAAACUCAAGUUCACGAGAUGACCUUGGAUGAGUGGAAAAAUCUUCAAGAACAGACCAGACCAAAACCUGAGUUUAACAUCCGGAAACCAGAAUCCACUGUUCCUUCCAAAGCAGUGGUGAUUCACAAGUCAAAAUAUAGAGAUGAUAUAGUGAAGAUUGACUAUGAGGAGGAUGCACAUGUUUUCCGGAAAGCUGCCAAUGAUAUCACAUCCCAGCUGGAGAUUAACUUCGGGAACCUCCCUCGUCCUGGACGAGGAGGCAGAGGUGGCACUCGGGGAGGCCGGGGAAGGAUCCGGAGGGUGGAGAACUAUGGACCCAGAGCAGAAGUGGUGACACAAGACAUUGCCCCCAACCCAGAUGACCCUGAAGACUUCCCCGCUCUGGCGUGAAUGGGGCAGCACCAGUGACCCCCACCCACCCAUGAGGAGACCCUGAGAACAAUAGAUGUUGCUUCCCUGUGUCAUGUGAAGUUGCUGCACUUUUUUGGUCUUGGGGUGUGAGAUGCACACCCACUGCCCCUGCACUGGGGUUUUUGGCAGGUACUUUCUAAGAAGGUAAAGAAUGGUGACCAUUUUUUUAUUUAAGGAAUUCCAAAGAAAUUCAGGAAUAAUGUUUAAAAGUGUAAUAGAGACUGCAUCAAACCCUCCACCAAAGCAUGGAGAGUAAAGUAAGCUGUAAAAUAUAAUCUAUUGAGAGCACUUAGUAAAUUGUAUAGUUCCUGGAAGCUGUAUAGAUUCUUCCUCUGGUAUUACAGGAAAUAACACAGAAUUAUAACUAUUACUUUAGGGCAGUCACAGCUUAGUUUCUGAGAGUGUUUACUUGUAAAUGUCACACCUCCUGAAAUUUCCUUAGUUCUCUUUCAUUUAACCACUAAUUCCAAACAGCUGUUGUACAGCCAGUGGUCACCACUCUGUGACAAAAAAUAGAUAAAGUAUUGAUUUUUUAAUGGUGAUAUAAACUACCUCGUGGUUUUUGUGUGUGUAAAUAAACACACUCAGUAUAUACAGUACAUAUAUAUAUGUGCAUAUUUACCAUUUGGGUAGUUUUUAGGAUGAGUACUAAGUAUAUGACUUUUAAAAUCAUGUUAUUUAACCCACCAAAUGAAAGUUCUCCAAGCCAAGGUUAACAGCAUACCUUUCCCUCAGAAUAAGCAUGCACCUCAGCCAUGGGGCAGGGCCCAGGCUGGCGUAAUGAAUCUCUCCUCUGCUGCGUGCAUGGCCUCCCCCUGUGGCCCUGCAGCUCUAGCACUCCUCACUGUAGUCCCACCCCAGAGAGUGGGGACAGCGAGGCAGAGGCAGCAGUGACUUGUUAGGGACAAUGACAGGUGGCCGUGGCAUUGGCCUGUCAGGCCUGUGAUGGCACUAGAGCCCUGUCCUAGUCUCUGCUUCUUGAGUUCUGCUGCACUGUCUCAGGUAGCUCUGAACUAGAGUCCAAAUGCAAAUAAAAGCUGGAAUUCCCUCCAAACUAUGUGUAGAAAACUCUGUCCUUUUUGGCUACAGUGAGUUACAGUGGAAAGCUGAGUCCCUAUAUGUGUUAGAGCCAAGGCUGUUUGGGUGGCAGUGGCUUUGGAUUUCAUUAUUAAAAGACUAUCCAAGUACUAAUGUGUAUUGACGUACUGUUUUGUUUGUGCUCCCUGGAAAACACAGUGAUGUGAGGGCUUGAUCUGGGAGAAGAGACCCUAUGAGUAAUAUUUCAGGUUUAGUCAUAAUCACCAGCUGGUGCGGGGUGAAGACUGUCACCACUCAGCACCUGUAAAGCUGUCAUGUAAUUUUGCCUUCAUUGGCUUUGACGAUUGACAAAACAGAUCCCUUGAGAGGAAACUCCCACUUGUGAAAAGCACUUUACAAGCCCACAACACUUGCACGUCU